GGUUUAAUUGUGUAAACAACAACAGAAAUGAUUAUCAGCAUCUUUUGUCUCAAAAUUAGUAUGGUAAAAGACUAAACUUCAUUAUGAUCUAUCUCCUAGACCAUCAUCCAAGUUGAACAAUUUAUCGAUUUUGGUGCCAUGGUGCUUACUUUUCAUUCAUGUGUGGUACCUCAUGGUCAUUAAUGGCAGCAGACACCAACAGCACCAAGGAUACAGAGAACGCAGAAUUGAAAAACUGGAAUGAUGUCCUUUGGAUUAUUGUGACCAUUCAUUUUCAAAGGGCAAUUUAGUUUAAGAAAUGAACAAAAUUGCUGGAGUUUUACUAUUUAUGCUGACAGUUAUCCAUGCACAAGAUGAUGUUCUGGGUCUAGAUAGAAUGCAGGAGUUUCAUGGUUGUACCGGUUCAACAGCUUACAUUCCCUGGCCAAUAACACUUCUAGCCCAGAAGAUGAUCAUCACCCUAAGCUUUCAAAGGCGUCACAGUGAAAAAAACAUAGUUAUAGCCACAUUCAAUAGCAUUGGGAAGAGAGAGCUCAAUAUCAUUAACAGGCCUCUAGGAGAGAGGUUAGUUAUUGCUGGUGAGGACUCUGGGAUCUUCUUGAAGGGGAUCACAUUUGAUGAUGCUGGCUUAUACACAGCCCAGGCAAAACUAAGUCAUGACCAAGUCUGGACCAGGACUACCAACCUCACUGUUCAUGUGCGUCCCAUUCCUCACAAUGGUAGGCUUAAUAUAACACGAUCUGAAAUCAUUACCAACUACAACAAGCGUACACAUUGUGUAAAUUUAACAUGUGGUACACUAGAGUAUGCUGGCUACCCACCUGCCAAAUUUGUUUGGUCUGUACCAAGUGGGAUCCUUGAAGUGAAAGUAGCCACAGACUACUCAUCUAGUUCUGUACAGAUUUGCUCCCCUUUUUAUGGGGAAGUCACAUGCUCUAUAGCAGGGUAUUCAUCUCUCUGUACUUAUGAUCUGAUCAGCAAGUUGCAUUUAGAUUUACCUGGACCACCUAACAAUGGCACCAGCACACAGGAAGCUUCCAUGACCAGGGACCUGGUGCUGAUGAUUGUCAUGCCAAUAUUAGCUGUGAUACUCCCUGUCACUGUCCUAGCCAUCUGGGUGCUGAGGUACCUGCUCAGGGCCAGACCCAGGUACAGAGAUGAACAUUUUAAGAACAGAAAAGUCCUUUUUAAACUUUGUAGUAGAAAAGCUGAUAACGAAAUUGAUAUUGAGGAGAACCUUACCACGGAGCAAACACAAACACAUAAUAACGAAGACCACAGUGACCUGGAGAGCGAGACCGAGCGCAAAGAGGAAAUUAGGGAUUCUGAGACUGACAUAGACAGCGGCAAUGAAAACAAUAACAUAGAUCAUAUUCUACCUGUUGAGAAUGAUAAUGAAAGUCAUAAUGAAGAAGAGGAGGAAGAAGAAGAAGAUGAUAGUGAUGAGGAAAGCGAUGAUGAAAAUAGAGGCAAUGAAGAAAGACAUUUGAUGGAAGAUUCUGCUAGUCCAGUCAAUUAAUUUUUUUCUGACCCUUCAAAAAAAUUAGGAAAGGAUUAUAACAUGUUAGGUUAGCUGAAUACAAUUUUCCUUACUGUGUUUGAUUCUCUGGGCAGCAGAGGUGAAAAGAUUGGAACAGUUUUAAGCUAAAUAAGUGGAGGGAAACAUUUGGACCUACACAGUUCAAUAAUACAGAUCAGUCAGCCAGUAAGAAAAUGGGGGAAUUUAAUGUGUCCCCUUAAAGACAACUCUGUUACUUGUUUUUUUGUUGCUUUUUUUCUUUAGUCAAAGUCCUAAUAUCAUUUGCCUUUUACACAUUAUUUGGCCUUUUACAAUAAAAAUGUCUUAGUUUUCUUUUUACACUAUUUUACAGUAUACCAUGUUUGAAAUUAUUUUAAACUGAUCAAUUAUGCAUAAACAUUAUAAAUUUAAUAAUUGAAUUGAGGUGUAAGUCAUUCUCAUUUAUUUUACUGGAUCUAGUACUAAGCAGAUUUUCUAUUUUAAGAGUUAAAUUGUAUGUAGCCACUUUAUUGCCACUUUGUUUUAGUCAAUACAUUAAUACUUAUAAUAACUAUGAGUUCUUU